CCAGUGUCUUGAUAUCAUCCACAUAGGAUGUGAGUACAAUCAUAAGAAUAGCAGUAUCAACAAAUUAUCAGCUUACAAUUCAUAUUGUACAUACCAUACCACAAUUUAUUUGAUACUCAUUACAAGAAUUGUCAUUGUGCUUCCUUCUUCCAUAGGGGGCCUAUAUUCUGAAGAACAAACUCCAAUGAAUAAAUCCACUCUCUCUGGGUUUCUUCUCCUGGAAUUCUCAGACGUUUGGGAGCUGCAAAUUCUACACUUUAUUCUGUUUCUCAUUUUUUACCUGACAGCAACAACUGCGAAUCUUCUCAUUGUAUCUGCAAUAACCUCUGACUAUCACUUGCAUAUUCCCAUGUACUUCCUUCUAAUGAACUUGGCCAUACAGGAUGUGGGACAAAUUUCAGUCAUUUUCCCUGCUUCCAUGGCUAAUUCCCUUAUGAAUGAUAGUCACAUUUCUUAUUCUGGAUGUAUUGCUCAAGUACUGUUCCAUGUAUUCUUUAUAUCAUCUGAUUACUUUCUUCUGACAGUCAUGGCCUAUGAUCGGUAUGUUGCCAUUUGUACUCCAUUACAGUAUGAGAUGGUGAUGAAUAGGCAUACCUGCCUUCAGAUGGUUAUGGCUGUAUGGAUUAUUAGUUUGUUUUAUGCAGUGUUACACACUGUAGGCACAUUUUCGCCUGCCUUUUGCUCCAAUGUUGUCAAUCAAUUUUUUUGUGAAAUCCCACACUUACUUAGGCUUGUGUGCUCUAAGUUGUACCUGAUUGAAAUUGGAAUUCUUUUGCUGAGUGCUGUGGUUGCAGCAGGCUGUUUUGUGUUCAUUAUUGUGACCUAUGUGCACAUCUUUACUGUUGUCAUGAGAUUUCCUGCUGGUCAGGGAAGGAAAAGAACAUUCUCAACUUGUCUCCCCCAUCUCACUGUUUUUUCUGUAUUUAUAUUUACUUCAUAUCUAGCAUACUACAAGCCUGCCUCUGAUUCUUCAUCACUCCUCGAUUUGGCAGUGACCAUGAUAUAUUCUAUGGUUCCACCCUUGAUGAAUCCACUCAUCUAUAGCAUAAGAAACAAGGAGAUAAAAAAUGCUCUGAAAAAACUGAUAUUUACAUAUAACAGAAAGUUAUUAAUGUUAAUGUCCUGAUUGUUGACCAACCUCCCAAAUCAUGGAACAGCCCUUUUUUGUUAUUUCAAAAAUUUGUCAGAACUUGAACUUUUCCACAUGGUCACAGUAAAGUCUGUCUCAUUGUUCUGUUGUUGUAAACCACAGUAUCAGCAGGAGCAAUAUAACAAUAAUGCAUAUUAGGAGUGCAUAGAUAAAGCCAUAUUUAUUUAUGACAUGUAAGAGCUGUUAGAGUUCAACCACAUCAUGUCCAAAUCAAUAGCCCCAAUCAAGGAAAUAAAUAGGCAGGAAACAGGUUAGGCUAGGGAAACGUUUCCCUCAUUCCUCUCUUUGAAUGUCCAUUUGUCUCUGUCUGUCUUUCUCAUUCUCUAUCCCCUCCUCACAUCUAUUAAUUCCCAGGUUGCAUGAUCUUUGUUUCAAGUUCCCACAAAUGACCUCAUGCUUUCUCUUUUUCUCUUCAGGUUUUUGCGUUAGAGUUGAUGUAGUCUGAUGACCUCAUCAGACGAGGCUUUUUUUUAAAGCAUCCUAUGACGCUUCCCUGCCAGUCCAGAGAUGAAUGGGCAGGCUAUCUAUUACAUGACAUUGCUGGACUUCCGGUGGAGGCCCUGCUCACAACUAGAGUGGGAGUGACCCUUCCUUUACAACAUGGGACCCUUCCAGUGUUGUGCUGUCUCCAAAGGAGCCAGCAAAUUAUCUGCACUGCUUUGGCGAUGCUUCCCCCAUGUGAUGGGGGAAGUGUUGCUAUGAUGAAGUGGCAUGUGAGGCAACAGAGUCGUCCCCCAUCCCCGUUGUUUCACCACAGAGGCUGGUGAAACAGCAUUGGAUAGAGGAGUCCCUGGUGUUCUGUCUCCCAGGGGUUUGAUUUGCAUUCUCCCAUGGUUGCAGGGAAUAGCACCCUUUUUUGCAUUUCUUCCAGGACUGUUGCAGAUUCUGCAGCACCCUGAUAGUUAACCAUUA